AUGUCAUUUUUCCUGCAUCUUGUUCCGCAGCCAGCAUCAUCUGCAGGAUCUCUCCCUCCCCCCGAACUCUCGGUACAGCCAAAGUAUCCUGAAUACUUCGAAGGCGAGAGGGUUGUGCUCAUAUGCUCAGCUUUCCCAAACGGGACGGUGGAAGGAUACAGGUUCUUCGAUCAGGACGGGCAACAGAUUGUCAAAAUGGCUGCCGACCCUUAUCAAAAGGGCAAACUGAUUUUUAGGGCUGAAACGAGCAAGAUGGGAAAUUACAGCUGCGAUUAUUGGAUGGGGAAAACUGAUACAGAGGUCACAUCUGUCCGAAGCAACUCCAUCUCCCUACAAGUGAAAGAAGCCCCGGAAGCACCCUUCCUCUCUUCAAGCCCCAGCCUCCUUGAGUACAACCUGGGAGAUAAUGUCAGCCUUGUGUGCUCGGCUCCGCCUGAAAGGAAGGAAGUCAAGGAGUUCCAGUUUUAUAGCGACAAAGAGGAAAUAUCAGUUGUGCCUCCAUAUGGCAACAUCUACAUUCACAACAUGAGCAUCAUGGAACCUAAAGAUGUGGGGAGCUUCAGGUGUGGCUACAUAGUGGACCUUUCUGGAAGAAAAGUCAUUUCAAAGAAGAGUAAUUCUGUCACCAUUGUUCAAACAGUCAGCUGGAACUUAGUCAACUUUUCCAGCUGGAAACGGUUGGUGGCCAUUGGUGGCUCCUUCUUCGCCAUCAACAGCCUCAUCUUCCUCAUCUCCCACUGGUGUUUUUAAACCACAGGUCUCCUCCUCUUUGCCCGACUGACGGCAGUCUGACCUCAGCUGUUCAUCAACCCGAUUGUGGAUUCAUUCACCAAAUGAGCCAUCUCCCCCCCCCCCCAAAUAAAUCACAUAACCAGGAGGAAAAAUUUGGGUCCAUCUUCUACAAAAGAGCACAAGCAGAGGGCUGUGGGGUGGAAACCAAGUUGUGGGGCAUGACAUUUGCAGUGGAAAUCAUUUUGAUUGCUCUGUCUUUACAGACUUUAUCACAUAUUAUAUGUGACUUGCUGCAGCAAUUGUUUUUUUGGGGGGAGGUAAAUUGACAGCUUCGCACAAUCAUUUUGUUGUGUAAACCUGUCACAGGAAUGGGGACCUUCUGGCCCUGCAAUGUUGCUGAAUUUCUAU